AGGAAUAUUCCAUUGGAAACUAUUUUGUUGAUUCUACGUACAAACAUGGCUUUCAGUUGAUUUGCCUUCUUCCCGCCCUUCUUCCAGACAAAAGAUUUUGGUUAUCAUAGGACGAAAAAAAAUUCAAAUGUAUUGAUCAAUCAAUAAUUCAACCAUGACUGAUAAAGGAUCAGACUUUUCAUGGCUAUGGAGUCCUAGAGAGAGAAAGUGUUUAUCUCUCCUCCAAAUGAAAACCCACAGCAGAGCCACUCUGUUGCAGAUCCACGCAUUCAUGCUCCGUAGCGCCCUCGAAACCAAUCUCAAUCUCGUAACUAAGCUCAUCACACAUUCCAGCGCACGCCACGCGCGCAAGGUGUUCGAUCAAAUGCCGCAGAGAUCCGAUACUUUCCUGUGCAACACCAUGAUGAAGUCCCACCUCUCUUCCGGCCAGUUCGCCGAAGCCGUUAACCUGUACGCCUGCUUGCGGAGGAAAGAAGGCUUUGUCCCGGACAAUUACACCUUUUCCACUCUGACAAAGUGCUGCGGCUUGCGUUUUUCGAGGUGGGAAGGAAUGGCGGUGCACGCGCAUGUAGUUAAGUACGGUUUCAGUUCCAAUUUGUACGUGGCGACUGCACUGGUGGACAUGUAUGGGAAGCUGGGCCAAAUGGGUUUCGCUCGAAAACUGUUCGAUGAAAUGCUCGAGAGGAGUCCGGUGUCAUGGACCGCUCUCAUGACUGGUUAUAUCAGGAGUGGAGAUAUGGAUGAUGCCGAAUCACUCUUUCAAACAAUACCCUGUAACGAGAGGGAUACAGCUUCGUUUAAUGUGAUGAUCGAUGGAUAUGUGAAGUUAGGCAAGAUGGGGCCCGCUAAGACGAUCUUCGAUGCCACACCGGAGAAAAAUGUGGUGUCUUGGACGACUAUGAUCGACGGGUACUGCAACAAUGGCGAUGUAGAACAAGCUCGCCUGUUGUUCGAUAAAAUGCCCAACAGAAAUUUGUACACAUGGAAUGCAAUGAUUGGCGGAUGCUGUCAGAACAAGCAAUCCCACAAGGCGUUAGCGCUGUUUCAAGAAUUGCUUGCCGAAGAAAUGUUCGAGCCGGAUGAUGUCACUGUUGUUAGUGUUCUUCCAGCUAUUGCUGAUUUGGGGGCACUCGAUAUCGGAAAUUGGGUGUACGAAUUUGCGAAGAGGAAAAAGUUCGACAAAUCCGCAAACGUCUCCACAGCACUGGUCGACAUGUACGCUAAAUGUGGGGAAAUCGAGAAAUCAAGAACCGUUUUCGAUAAUGUUAGGCAAAUCGACACGUGUACAUGGAAUGCGUUGAUUAACGGAUUAGCACUAAACGGGCGUGCUAACGAGGCGUUAGACGUGUUCACGGAGAUGAAGAAAAAAGGGUUUAAUCCCAACCAUAUUACGAUGCUCGGCGUUUUAUCAGCUUGUAACCAUAGCGGUUUAGUGGAGGAAGGCAAAAAAUGGUUCGAUAAAAUGCCGGAAUAUAAUCUAACUCCGAAAAUCGAGCACUACGGUUGUCUAGUGGAUCUUUUGGGUAGGGCGGGGCGCGUGGUGGAAGCGGAAUCUUUGAUCAAGAAUAUGCCGUACGAAGCGAAUGGAAUAAUAUUGAGUUCUUUGCUAUUCGCUUGUGGAUAUGCAAAGGAUGUAAUUAGGGCGGAGAAAUUUGUGGAGAAGGCGAUUGAUUUGGAUCCGUUUAACGAUGGUAAUUAUAUAGUGUUGAGGAAUUUGUACGCGGGCGAGAAAAGAUGGCGAGAUGUCGAGGAAAUUAAAAAGUUGAUGGCGAGUAAAGGGGCUAAGAAAGAAGCUGGAUGUAGUGCUAUCGAGAUCAAUAGUGAGGUUUUCGAGUUUGUUGCGGGGAAUAAUAAAAUGAACCGUACCCGUUUGGUGGAGACUCGUUCGGUGUUGGAUCAACUGCGAUUGCAUAUGAAGGUGUGGGACCCACUUUUGGCGGUAUAGUUUACACGCAUCCACGUGUAUGUGUGUGUGAAUCAAAGGCGGGAAACUACUCGGUGUAUGCUAUUAUUUCUGAAAAAUGCCGAUUUUAC